UAGUAGCCCCCCAGAUUUAUAUCUGAUUUGAACAAUUUAUUUAUAUAAAUUAUUCAACAUUUCACAAAAAUAUAAAGAAUUGAUUCUGUGCAGAAAUUCUGCUUUAAGUAAUUUCAUUUGACCGGUUUUAUCCACGAGACUGUCAAUUCUUAGUUUGUCUUAUUUGUCAGAAAAUAUGAUCUCCACUUGUAAACUGGCUGGGCGCGCCACCACCGCUCGGGAGAUGGACGCUGCGUUGGCACUUCUCCAGCUGCACGACCAAGCCCCACACAGGGCUCAAGAAUUGCCGCUAAUUGAGAACGGUAUGGACAUGGAUGACACAGCCACGGUAGCAUUGUAUUUGAUACGAAUGUUCGAGCCAGCCAACGUCGAAAGCACCGCUGCCGUGAGCCAGCCCGGUCCUGUCGCGAGUUCCACACCGAAAGUUAAGAAGACAAUUUUAAAAAACAGAAACGCGAACUCUGUGGCUAAUGAUAAUCUGGUACCAAUAGGAUUGGGACAUGCCAAAGUCCCAUCCCAAUUACUGAACAGCAUUCGUUGGACUCCAAAAACAUAUACGAGCGCCACACGAAAGCUAUUGAUGGCAGUGUUUCCACGAAGCGUGCUGGCAACCCAUUCUUUGACGGGUAAGGCUUCUCCAGCCUUCCAGUACAAGCCAGCUAAGGAGAAACUAAAUGCACAGCUUGUGGAUGACAUUGUGCAUACCGUGGUGUCGAAAUGUGGCGUUGCGGCAAAUCUUGUGCGCACUAGCAUCACAACAAAAUGUGCAGAUGAGAGCAAAAUGCUUCGCUCUCGUCUAAAGAAGCAGACUAACAGUCGAAAAAAUCUCGAGAAUAGGGCACCGCGAUCUACGUCAGAAUCUAAUUAAACUGGAGUCCACAACUGAAGAACGUCGUCGCGCCGCGGAAAUGUGAAACCGAAAGUCAGAAAGACAAUGUUAAAAAGUAGAAACGUGAACAUUAUGGAUAAUGAUAAUCUGGUACCAAUAGGAUUGGGACAUGCAAAGGUUCCAUUUCGCUUCCUGAAGAGUAUUCGUUGGACUUCAGAAAGACACAAGAAGCCACAAGAAAGCUGUUGAUGACAGUGUUUUCAUGAAGUUAAAUAAUAAUACCUUUAAGUUUUGUUACAAGAAGAAACUAAUAAUGCCCAGUUCGUUGAAGACGUUGUGCACGCCGUGGUGUCGAAAUGUGGCGUUGCGGCAAAUCUUGCCCGUACUAUUUUCACAAACAAAACGUGCAGAUGAGAGCAAAAUGCAUCGCACACGACAAAAUAAAAAGAUCAAACGAAAAAUUCGCGAGAAUAGAGGCCUCUUCCGACGACAGAAACUGACACAACUAUAGUGUACCUUACAUCCUGAAGAACCAAAAUUCGCGUCGCGGAAAUUUGUCCUAGGUUAAAAGUGGCGGCAGUGAAGAUCGGUUGAGGACUUGAGGUUGAGCCAGUAGGCAGAUUUCCCACACGAGCUAAUGCAUUGGUACCAACGAGAUGGGGAUAUGCCAAGGUCUCAGUUACUCAAGAGCAUCCGUUGGACUCGUGUUGGACACCAGAAACAUACACUAGCGCCACAAGAAAGCUGAUGGCAGUGUUUUCAUAAAGCAUUGUAGGUUUAGAUAAAGUUCUAAAAAUAAUUUGAAGCGUUGUUGCAACAUAUUCAUUGACGGGAAAGCCUGCUCCAGCGUUCCCGUCCAGGAGAGCUAAGAAGAAGCUAAAUGCCCGGUUUGUUGAAGACAUUGUGCUCACAGUGGUAUCGAAAUGUUGCGUUGCGGCAAAUCGGUUAAAAUGUUAUUUAUUUGGAACCGGCAAAUGAAGACCUGUGACUGUGAGAGAUAGGUACUCUGGGUUUUACACUACUCAAGUACCAAACAUGCUCAGUACGAUAUGGAAGUGGAUGACACAGCCGCACGACAUGACGUAUAUUUUUCCACUAGGUAUUGCCUAUAUUUUUCUGUAUUGUAUCCUAAAAUGAAUAACAUUUAUUAAUUUAAAUUUAUUAUACUGUUACAGAAACCGUAAGUCAGAAAGUCAGUUUUAAAAAGCAGAAACUUAAACACUAUCUAUAAUGAUAAUAUGCUAAGAUGUUAUAGGUUGGUUCCGCUGGCGGGAGUGAAGACCAGUGAGGACUUGAGGUUGAGGCAGCAGGCUGAUUUCCCAUACGAGCUAAUUAAUGCAUUGUUAAGUACCUAGUACUAACUUUUGUUAAGGCGCUUUUGUCAUAUCUGUUAUAGUGUAGCUGGUGGCUGUUGGAGUUCAUCAUCAGGUGUUCCAUAUCCUCGAUUUUUAUACGUCAUCAGAAAAUGCUCAUCAGAAUGACCAACUUUUGUUAAGGCGCUUUUGUCAUAUCUGUUAUAGUGUAGCUGGUGGCUGUUGGAGUUCAUCAUCAGGUGUUCCAUAUCCUCGAUUUUUAUACGUCAUCAGAAAAUGCUCAUCAGAAUGACCAACUUUUGUUAAGGCGCUUUUGUCAUAUCUGUUAUAGUGUAGCUGGUGGCUGUUGGAGUUCAUCAUCAGGUGUUCCAUAUCCUCGAUUUUUAUACGUCAUCAGAAAAUGCUCAUCAGACUGACCAACUUUUGUUAAGGCGCUUUUGUCAUAUCUGUUAUAGUGUAGCUGGUGGCUGUUGGAGUUCAUCAUCAGGUGUUCCAUAUCCUCGAUUUUUAUACGUCAUCAGAAAAUGCUCAUCAGACUGACCAACUUUUGUUAAGGCGCUUUUGUCAUAUCUGUUAUAGUGUAGCUGGUGGCUGUUGGAGUUCAUCAUCAGGUGUUCCAUAUCCUCGAUUUUUAUACGUCAUCAGAAAAUGCUCAUCAGGGCGAACAAUUUUUGUUAAGAUAAGAUCGAGUUUAUUGUGCGUUCGUUUCGAAGCGAACAACCAGAAAGAAAACUGUCCUUGAAAAAUUCAUUUAGGGAAAAGUGCCUGUUAUUAAAAUCAAAUGAAUAAAUGCUUUUUAAUGUAUUUUUUUAAAUUCAAUGCAAUGUAUAUAUUAACCCUGUUUUCUAUAUAUUUUCCUUUCAUCAGCACUUGAUCACAAUCAUAAUAUGUUUCAGUAUACCUUUUGACCAUGUACUUUAUUGUGUAGGUACUUACAUGUUAUAUUACUGAUAAAAAAUUAUACAUAAAUUUAUAUUUAAAAAAUGGUAAGCCCUUCUGGCAUAAUAGGGACCAACACUGUUUGAAUGAGUUUCUUUCGGCAUUUCUUCUCAGCAGUGGUCGUUCCGAAAUGCUAGUAGUUUGUAGCUUUGGUAAACAUCAUUUAAUUUAGAAUAUGACGUGAAAAAGUGCCUGUGAAGGCCUAA